GAGCCGCCGCCGAGGACUCAGCUGCCUCCCCCUCGAGCCCCCUCGCUUCCCGACGCUCCGUCCCCCCCGCCCGCCUUCUCCCGCAGCCGCCUUCCGCAGGCCGUUUCCACCGAGGAAAAGGAAUCGUAUCGUAUGUCCGCUAUUCAGAACCUCAACUCUUUCGACCCCUUUGCUGAUGCAAGUAAGGGUGAUGACCUGCUUCCUGCUGGCACUGAGGAUUAUAUCCAUAUAAGAAUUCAACAGAGAAACGGCAGGAAGACCCUUACCACAGUCCAAGGGAUCGCUGAUGAUUACGAUAAAAAGAAACUAGUGAAGGCGUUUAAGAAGAAAUUUGCCUGCAAUGGUACUGUAAUUGAGCAUCCAGAAUAUGGAGAAGUAAUUCAGCUACAGGGUGACCAGCGCAAGAACAUAUGCCAGUUCCUAAUAGAGAUUGGACUGGCUAAGGACGAUCAGCUGAAGGUUCAUGGGUUUUAAGUGCUUGUGACUCUGAAGCUUAAGUGAGGAUUUCCUUGCAAUGAGUAGAAUUUCCCUCCUGUCCCUUGUCACAAGUUUAAAAACCUCACAGCUUGUAUAAUGUAACCAUUUGGGGUCCGCUUUUAACUUGGACUAGUGUAACUCCUUCAUGCAAUAAACUGAAAAGAGCCA